CCAACGGCACCGCUACUACGCUCGUAACUUCCAUAAAUAAGAGAGGUGUACCCCCCAAAACUAAGUCUGAUUAGUAACCGCACUACUGGACCCGGGAGAAUGAGGUUCGAUGUUUUGGUUCCCGCAAGGGUAUAUGUUCUUAACGAAGAAGAAGUGCCUUCGAUUACAACUCCAGGGUCUGACGUCAUAGACGUGGGACCAAACAUAUACAGAAAGCGACUCAUUGCCAUCAAAACAAUAGACAACGACGCGGGCGUGCGGCGCAUCGCUCCCGAGAGACGAAGAUGUCGGUUCACUGACGAGAACCCACUGACCGUAUACCGCCACUACUCCCCCACGGCAUGCGCCGCCCAGUGCCGGAGUAACCACCAGUUGCGGGCCUGCAACUGUACCAACUUCUACACGCCCAACACUGACGACCGUUUGAAAUGCAAUAUUUCUGGUAUUAUGUGUAUUAAUGAAAAUUUGGCAUCGUUGGCGGUAUUAAAAGCGCGUUGGUCCUCUCGAAAAGGCUUAUACUGCGAUUGUUUACCUUCCUGUACGGAAGCUGACAUCUCGAUAGUUAAAGAUUUUAAAGAAGAGACUAACAACGACUUUGCGACUGUGGAGAUUGUAAUGCCAUUUCUGCCCAGUGAGCGCUUUAGACGAAAUGUUGUACGCGGAGCACUGGAUUUAGUAGUGUCUACAGGAGGAACCGCUGGCCUUCUGUUGGGAGCGAGCAUUUUAAGUUUUGUUGAACUUAUCUACAUACUGUUAGUUCGACCAUUGUUUGAUACGUAUGCUCUCCGAGAUGAGGAUCCGUGGCAUAAAAAAUACGGGAAUAGACGUGUUGGCGAGUUUAGUAAUAAAACAGCGAAGAAGUUGCAAAAAAUAACGGAUUGAGACUAUACAACUUUGUGGUGUAGUUCGACUGCAGUCCGUUAAAAUGUUUAUAGUCCUUGGAACAGUGGAAGGUGUGUUGGCCUGCUAGUUCAUAAGUCUUAGGCUACUAUUCUAUGUAAUCAUUAAAUGAAUCAUUUAUUUUAAAGGUAUUUUAUGUAUAAAUUUAAUU